AUGCUUGUAACGGCGGAAUUUGUAUUGACAACUAUGCUUAAUGGUCUUCCGACUUGUCCCCUCCGCCACAGGUAUAGAGCAGAACUAAAGAUGAGCAACGAUGAUUGUCACGAAUAUUCUUCUUGUCCUAGCCAAUUCAAGAGUUUGUAUAUAGCAAAUCUUGAUCCGCGAGUCUCCGAGGCAAUAUUGAUUCAGUUAUUAUCGGGUUUUGGAAAGAUUACAAGAUCGAUUCUAGCAAAGGAUUACAGAGGAGAGCCGCGAGGAUUUGCUUUCGUUGAGUUUGAAAGCACACAUAGCGCUGAACAAGCCGCUGAACACAUGAACGGAAGGCUAAUAGGUCAGAAGAUUAUAUACGUUGAGAGGACACCAAAGGUCGACGAAGGUCAAGACUACAUAUAA